GUAGCGGAGCAUGUGGUACUUGUUCACCUGACCUUGUUGAAGGCCAAGGUCAUAAUCCUCUUGGAGGGAUUGAACCGUGACAGUGCAGAACCGGGGAACAUACAUGGUUGAUUGCAUACCAUUGAGGUUGGUGGGGUUGGACGGGUCGCCCGCCAGGUGCAUCCAGCAGACAAGCGGCGGAUCAACCACCACCACAGAGGCGGCGAUGCCCCUGAUUGUACCUAGUGGCAACUUCUUCAUACUGUCGCCCUUCCUGCUGUUUCUCCAUUGCUGCAUUGGCCUGCUACUUCGAGCCUUAAAGACCCAAGGUGUUGGAUCCGUCGGGAUAGGUCCGUUGCCUCGAGCUGCUUUGUCGUCCACGACCUCUACCCCGAGCACCGUUGCCUCGCCCGCCGCCGCGUCCAUAGCCGUUGCGCUGUCCGGAGGAGCCGCCCUCACCGUAGCUGCCGCCGUGCUGGAGCCUGCCGCCAUGGAAACCACCGCUUUCGUUGCUGCUGUGCUGGGGUCCCCCCGCUGCCGCCGCUGGACGGCUGCCGACCACCACUAUCCACCCCUAGAGGAGAGCGUCAAGUUGGAGCCACUCAUCGUCGUCUUUGGAGAGAGGGACGAUGGAGCCAUUGAUGUAGCCUUGGAGAUUGAAUCGGCGAACCAAGAGGAGGAAAAGGCGACUCCACUUUUUAUAGUUCGGUUGAGAGAGACUGAGAAGAACCGGAACGUGGAGUUUGACAUUAGAGACCUUCGUGAAAGCAAGAUGAGGGGUUUUCGCCGGAGUGGAGUUGGAGGUCAUUUAUGCCCAUACGCCGUCUAUUCUAUGUCACUUAAUUCAUUUCUUCUUUGUGUUAUCCCAUACGCAACUUGGCGACCGUUUGUGCGUGCACGGCCAUUGGUUUCUCCCUUCCAAAACAUAUCUAGCCUUAGUGAAUCAGUCUUUGGGGAGUUUCUUCGACUCUGUGUUCUUAAGGAGCUUGGUGUAAUUCAGCUUUAAUCUAAUUGUGCCAGGUAUCACUUGUUGGAGAAAGUUCUUAGCUAAACAUUUAGAAGAAGAGCUCUAUAUCCCAUGGUUUUGAGCUUUGUGAUUGCAACCCUGCCUCCUAUUUAUGGGAUGGAGUUUUCAAGAUUUUUUGUGUAGGGAAAAUUUCUAGAUUCUUCUCACAGGCAUGAUGCUCCAUCUUGCAAUUCUAUGGUUGCUACGACAUUUGAUGAAAAACUUGAAACUUGUGAAACGACAUACUCCGUAUAUUAUUCAGUUGCUAUUUGCUAAGCUCAGCUGACAGUAAAGAGAUAUUACUUUC